AUGGCCGCCUCCACCAUGUCUGUCUGCUCUGACGCUUGCACCAACUCCUCCUGGCAGGUGGAUGACUGCCCAGAGAGCUGCUGUGAGCCUAGCUGCUCCCCCUGCCUGACCCUCAUCUGCACCCCAGUGAGCUGUGGGUCCAGCCCCUGCUGCCAAUCUGUCUGUGCUAGCUCCUGUGAACCCUCAUGCUGCCAACAGUCUAGCUGCCAGCCUUCAUGCUGUCAAUCUUCCUGCUGUGUGCCUGUCUGCUGCAAGCCUGUCUGCUGUACACCCAUCUGUUCUGGAUCCUCAUGCUGCCAGCAGUCUAGCUGCCAGCCAGCUUGCGGCACCUGCUCUCCUUGCCAGCCAUCCUGUUGCAUGACCCUUUGCUGCAAGCCUGUCUGCUGCACACCCAUCUGCUCUGGAUCCUCCUCAUGCUGCCAGCAGUCUAGCUGCCAGCCCUCAUGCUGCCAGUCAUCCUGCUGUGUGCCUGUCUGCUGCAAGCCCAUCUGCUGCACACCCAUCUGCUCUGGAUCCUCCUCCUGCUGCCAGCCUUCAUGCUGCUGUGUGCCUGUCUGCUGCAAGCCUGUCUGCUGCAAGCCCUGCUCCAGCGUGUCCCUGCUCUGCCACCCUGUGUGCAGACCUGCCUGCUGUGUGCCCAGCUCCUCCUGCUGUGCCUCGUCCUGCCAGCCCAGCUGCUGCAAGCCCUGCUCCAGCAUGUCCCUGAUCUGCCGUCCUGCCUGCUCCAGCCAGGCUUGCUGCGGCCAGAAGUCCAGCUGCUGA